GGACUACUAAGAUGUUCCUCUAACUAAUAUAUCAACUAAUAUAUCAACUUUUAGAGUCAUUUCAAUUGAGUAAUUUGUUAUUGAUAAGCGUAUAUUGAAUAUAUAUAUAUAAAACUGUCGUUUUUGGAGAGUAAAUUCGUUUACACGAAAUUUUAAGUAAUAACGUAUACUUCGAAAUCAUUAUCUGAGGAUUUUUGGGGUCGCUGAAUACAAAUCUGAUGUGAAAGAUACAAAAUUCAAAAUGGCGAACCCAAUACAGCGGGCUGAUUUGCGGAAGAUCAGUUGAACUCGCUUGAAACUUGUUACUCGAGGGUUUUCGAAGUCGCCGAAUACGAAUCCGGUAUGAAAAAUACAAAAUUCAAUAUGACGAACAUAAUUAUUAUAGAAUUAUAGAAAUUUAUUAUUAUAGAAAGAAUAAUUAUAGAAAUGAGACAGGCUGACUGCGCUUGAGAACCGGGCAACCUGACCGGUGUCAACCGAACCUUGCUGAAUAUAUUCGUCAUAGCUCUGGCAUUUCGAAUUCUCGAUAACGAGUUUGUAAUUAACAACCUCGAAAACCCUUAAAUAACAAAUUUCAAGCGAAUUCGACUGAUUUUGCAAAUUUCGUCCGCCCAUAUUGGGCCCGCCAUUUUGAAUUUCGUAUUUUUCACAGCGGAUUUAUAUUCGGCGAUCCUAAAAACCCCUGAGUAACAAGUUUCAUAAAAUAAUAAAAAAAAACGUGCAACAAAGGGUUAAUAACGUUUCGCUCACGCGCGUUUCUCAUCCGCGCCAUAUCUUCGCGCUCGCCGGACGCGCGAUUAAGCGCAGCUUAACGGUGAAAGUUAGAAGAAGAAGCUAAAGUAAAUUACACAUUACAGACGCCAUGCGUGUGUAUGUGUCUUGUGAUCUAUUCUUCGAAUGCGAUAUAUAUAGCAGUUUGGACAUCGCGAAAUUUUGUAAAGCUCUAAGUUCUCGCGAGAAGAAGAUAUUCCGAUGUUCCAUGUCUGAAAAAAAGAAAAAGAAAAUAAACGUAAAUUACGCACACGAGACGCCACGGACGUGUUACACUCGAAAGUUAUUUUUUUAUUGUCUAAAACGUUAUUUUGCGUGCAGCAACAUGCAGCUGCGAGUCGGCGAGCUUACCGUUGACAAACUCGACAUGAUAGAAGACAUGAAAGGCAACGCCGGCGACCUGGGAAGAUUAAUCAUCACGAACCUGAGAAUCAUAUGGCAUUCCUCGUCCUUGCCGCGGAUCAAUCUAAGUAUAGGCUACAACACCUUCGUCACCGUGAACUCCAGGAUCCUCCACAUGGUCCACGGCGGGUACAUACAAGCUCUUCACGUGUUAACUUCCUACCGAAACUGCCGAUACGAAUUCAUGUUUACGAAUCACGAUACGAAAAGCACGAGGCACUACACCUCGGUCGUAGGCGUUUACAGAGCUUACGUGUCGUCGAAGAUCUACCGAGAGAUCAAACUGCGAAGCGGCAUUAUACAGGAAAAUCGACUGGUCCUGCUGCCGCAGGAGAAGGUGCAAUCUUCUGUGCAGGAUGUUUGGAAUCUGUCCAUCGAACAGGGGAACAUCGGGACUUUUAUCAUAACAAAUAUACGUUUGGUGUGGUAUGCGGAUGUGAACCAUCAGUUUAAUGUGUCGAUACCUUAUCUUACAAUUGGAAACAUCACUAUUAGAACAUCGAAAUUCGGGCCGACUUUGGUAAUCUUAAGUACGGAGGCCAGCGGAGGAUACGUCCUAGGUUUUCGCAUUAAUCCCUUGCAGCAGCUUCACAUCACUCACAAAGAGAUCUCGGUGCUCCGUUCGGAAUUCGAUAAGUUUCCGAUUUUCGGUGUGGAGUACACGUUCGAGCAUCAGGCGCCGUUACAGGAGGAAGUUAGCAUGGAACAUUUUACUGAGAUACAGGACAAUCAAGCUGAGAUAUCGAAUGUCUUCGGUUAUUAUUUUUCCGAGGGAGAGACGGGUCAGAGAAAGCCUAAUUUCUCAAUUCAUCUAGGACUCGCGGCAGAAGAGCCAAGAGAAGGUAGUACGUUACAGAGCCUAUGGGAACUAGUACCGUCGUCUGUUAAUUAAUUUCCUAGCUUAGACAUCUUUCUUUUCUGCCAAGUUCUGCCACUCUCUUUCUCAUUCAUUCUAAUGCUUAGCUAAUUACGAGACAACUCUUUCCUGUUAUUAAAGGUUAGCUUUACAAGGGGAUAAAAGCAAACCCAUUUUGUACAAAGAGAUAUCAUAACAUGAUAUAUUAUUAACUGUAUCAUGCUACAUGUAUCCGAAACACAAUUCUGCUCACGUUACUUCAUGUCUUUUAGCAAAGUCUCUUAACAAAGCACAAUAUUAAUUGACAAAUAAAAUUCUAUUUUUCCCUUCAGUUUUAUAAAAACACCGUCGCAAUAGAUUAUACAAGAAAAGUGUUGCUUGACAUACUUGUGAAAAAAAUAAAUAAUUAGAAAUGGAAAUAAUAUAGUAUAUAAUUAUAACCACACACGCGCGCGCAUACAUUCACACAGGUGUCGAUAAACCUUUUUAGUUGUGUAAUUGCUCUUGGUGUGUGCUCUCUUGUG